AGGCUUUUGUUAGAAAGGGAGGAGGCAGGAACGCAUGUCAAAGCGAAUUAAAUUUAUCCCCUUUUGGGUCGGUCAGGUUUUAACGUAACCGUGUGACUGUGAGUCCUCAUAUAUUAUAACACGUAGGUGAAACAUUGAAUCCAUUUAAACCGCCAACAGCGACUUUAUUAUGAUUGCUUGUCAUGGCAGAGUUACCGGUAUAGAAAAGUUAGCCUGGUUAGCUGAGUGGACUUUUUUCAGUCAACCUCGUUUCCAUGGCAAACUAGUUGACCGUUAAACUGGCUUUUUUUUUGUAGAAAAAUAAACUAAAUAUAUACAUUAGAGGAGGUGUAGGUGGCAAAACAAAGCGCCAGUUUAGCCUUAAUGUUUUCUCCUGAUGAAAACAGGGUGCACACCGUUGACAUUUAUACGGUGCUGUUUUACCGGACUAAGAUUAAACAGUUUUUUGUCUAGUUUGCUGCUGGGGUUAAACGAGUUCCUCUUUUCAUAUCAGCUCUGUAUAAGACACCAUUAUACACCAGAGCAGAAUUAAUUUUCCGACCAGCUCAAACACUUAAAAGAACGAGCCCAUGUGCUCAGUUUUUGCUAGACUGAUUCAGAUUCAGCUCUCUGUUAAAUCUUGAGUUUUAUUUUUGUAUGCUGCCGCUAGUGUUGUUAGCAUUAGGCUAGCUUCGCUAGCUAGCAUCUUCAGUUUAUUUAUCUUUUAGCAAUGUCGAAUAUUUCAAACGACGCGGUGAGCUUGAUUAAAGAUGUAAAGCCGGGAUCGAAAAACCUUAAUCUCGUCUUUAUAGUUUUGGAAAUAGGUCGGGUGACCAAGACAAAGGACGGACAUGAAGUGCGCUCCUGUAAAGUGGCCGACAAGAGCGGCAGUAUCGCCAUCUCCGUUUGGGACGAAUUGGGCAGCCUCAUCCAGACUGGAGACAUUAUCCGCCUUACACGAGGCUACGCCUCCAUUUGGAAGGGCUGUCUUACCUUGUAUACUGGCCGAGGUGGAGAUUUGCAGAAAAUUGGAGAGUUUUGUAUGGUCUACUCAGAAGUUCCAAACUUCAGUGAGCCAAAUCCUGAGCUGCUAGCCCUAGCCAACCAGCAAAACAAGAUGGGUAAAGAACGGGGAAAUUCUCCACCUAAUCAAAUUCCUCCUCCUGUCCAAGCAGGAAAUGGAGCCAUGCAGACGUUUCCAAACAACAAUGCUGCUGCACCACCCAGCUUCCCAGCUUCGGGAAGAGCAAACGGUCGUGUUCCAGGGAACGGCCCUGCUCCUGUAGUCACUGUAGGGCAGCCUCUUCCUCCAAAACCAUCAGUCAAUAUCAGCAACGGCAGGGACCCCCGGCGUGCUUCCAAGAGAUGAGAGCGAUGCGCAGUGGUUGAAAGUUUCUAUAAUCAAACUGCCAAUCCUAAGAUGCAAAGUCUAAUAACACAGGUCGUCAGCUGUUCUUUCAGCUAGCAUAGAUCAUUUCUAAACAACAUUUAUGCCAACUUUUUUACUGCCUUCAUUUUGUCCAGGUUUCAGUACAUCUAUAUUGUGGUGUUUGACUGUCCACACUUACUUGAACACUUGAUGCACUUUCUUUACUUCAUUUGUAGUGAAUUACUGUUGAUGGAAUUCAGGAAUGGUUAACUGCUGUUGCAAAUGAGCAGACUGAGGCCUCUUGAUGAAUUAGAGAGAAUAGGGGCCAGGCAAAAUGUUCCAAAAGGGACUCAGAAAGAGGUGACAGAGGUGAUUCUAACAUUUAGGAUUAUUUAAUUAGGAAUAAAACAAAGUUAACAACUGUGGGUGAGGUAAAUCUUGUCCACUGUAUCUUUUUUCCAUCACAUCAAGUUAACACUGUGGUGGAAUACAGGUUUUAGAGAUUACAUAUAUGGCUGUGACAUAUAGCUAAUAUUGAAAAUGUAAGAUUUACUUGACCCUUUGUUUUGCAAGAUACUUAGACUAUAUUGCUAGCAUUGAGAUAUUGCUAUGCAUCCUUAAUGUUACAAAUAUAUGAGUGAGUGCACACUGGUGAAAUAAUUCUGAAAACAGCUUUGUGCUGGUUGAAAAUGGUUCAAAUGUCAUAGGUGUGAUGGUAGUAGUAUCAAAGUCCAAUUUUUACUAAUAAACCCACAGUCUAAAUCUUAUGUGCAGCUCAACUGACAAAAAAAAUUGCCACUGCAUCACCCAGCCCUAAUGACGAGGUAUAAAAGUUGUAUAAACUGCUAACAUUAAACAGUACUAUUCUGUA